AUGACACACAGCCUCUCACAACAUAGAAGCUGUCUUUUUACGAUGAUGACCUUUAUCUUGUUUACCCUGGUCAAGACACAAGCAGGGGUAAAUUCGCGUCGGUGCGAACCGGGUGUAUCAUAUGCGAACUUCAAGCACGAACAAUUUUCCUACUUAAACAUCACAAGAAUCGAUUCAAAACUUGUCCAAAAGGACACCGAGUGUGGAUUGGCUUGUUUACAAGUCACUUCAUGUUCUUCUUUUAACCUGGCUACAUUUCCUGAUAUCAACGGAAAACUGUUGUGUGAACUUCUACCUUCUGACAAGCACAGGAUGCCCAAUGAAUUGAUUCACAAUCCGAUGUUUGAUCAUUUCAGUAAAACGAGUCCCUGCAUCAACGAUCCUUGCAUAAACAAAGGAAAAUGUGUUGCCAAAUUCAAAGAUGGCGAUUAUUACUGCAGUUGGUGUCCUCGAUUUUACAACGGAAAAGACUGCAAAACAGGCCCCUUUGUUGGAAAGAAUUGCUUGGACAUCAAGGAGCGAAGUCUCUCACAAGGAGAUGGCAUGUACUGGUUAGACCCGGAUGGAGGAAGCCAUUCCAAUGCAUUCCUGGCCUACUGCGACAUGACGUCACACAAUGGAGGAUGGACCAUGUGUUACACUACCGAUGAAUAUAUCAGACCUACGACUGAGGUCACAUACAGCGCCUCUUUUCCUUAUGGAACUGUGGGCUACAGAAGUAACUGUAACAAUAUCCAAUUCACAGAAAUCAUCUUUGAGGAUCACCAAACUGGAAAGAAGAUUUACUUCAAGUCCCGAAACAAUCAAGCUAUUAAGGCCUCCCUCAAUUACGGAAAAUCUGCAGACACCUAUGGAUUGUGGGAUGGGGUGGGGGCUGACCCGGCUUAUUCCUACCAGCUUCUGAUUUGUGAUGAUCCGUUCUUCAGGGGCUUCCUGAUUUCUGCCCACACAGGAGGUUGUUUCAAGAAAUGCACCGAUUGGUGCUCCGAUGCUAGUGCGUCAUUCUUCCGCACUGCGUACACUUAUUCACAUGGCCAGAAGGGUGGUGUGGCAUUUGGUGAAAAAGGUCAUGAUGUCCAUGAUAAAAGGCGCAUCAGUAUCGGCCUACGAUAA